AUGAACGAGUAUAUACGGUAUUACAUAGAAAUGGCUUUAUGGAUCUGGACAUUGAGCAUUUUGAGCUGUUUUUGUGUCAGCUGUGGAUUCAAGGUUAAGAAACUGCAUUUUGAAAGUCCCACAGAGUUAAACCACCUUACAGUGAAUAAUGAUACCGGGACUGUCUAUUUAGGAGCAGUAAAUUACCUGCAUCAACUUACAAAAGACCUGAAGAAACAGAUGUCUGUAAAAACGGGUCCAGAAGAGGAUCACAAAAAGUGCACUCCUCCCAUUGAAAAUCAGUGCAGUGAAGCAAAAUUGACUGACAAUUUCAACAAGUUACUUUUGCUGGAUAAACUAGAAAGAGAAAUUGUUGUGUGUGGGAGCCUUUUUAAGGGAAUCUGUGCUAUCAGGGAGCUGGAGAACAUUAAAAAUAUAACCUAUUAUGUUGAUAGCGGUGGGGAAAAGUCCUUUGUGGCAAGCAACGAUGAGACUGUAUCAACUGUGGGACUAAUCACCUCCCUGAAUAAAAAACGACUGCUCUUUGUUGGAAAAGGGAAUGGACCAAAUGAUAAUGGGAUAAUAAUUAGCACUAGGCAGCUUUACAGUGAGGAUGGGAAAGACAUUUUUGAAACCUAUACAGACUCUACAGCUAUUAAGUCAGUAUAUCACUCCUCAAACACGCAGCAGUUUGUGGCAGUCUUUGAAUAUGAUCAAUAUGUUUAUUUUAUCUUUAAUCAGCAGGAGAAACAGCCCCUUAAAAAUCGAACACUAAUUGCACGUCUGUGCAAAAAUGAUCCCCACUACUAUUCUUACUUUGAAAUGGACUUAGGCUGUCCAGAUGAUGAUGGCACUUAUGACCACUGUCAUUCUGCCUAUGUCACUACCCCAGGAGAAAAGUUGGCUGAGAGCAUAGCCCAACCGGGACAGGAGAAUAGUAGUGUCCCAUCAGGUGACAAAGUGCUUCUUGCGCUCUUCAGCAAAUUCAACAAAGACAAUGGCUCUCUCAAAUCAGCCAUGUGUAUGUUUUCCUUGAGACACCUCAAUGAAAAGAUGGAAGAAUGUCGGGAGGAAUGCUACACUAAACCUGAUAAAAAAAAAGAGUUUUAUAAACCCUUUUUAGCAGAAGGAUCAGAGCCGUGUGGAUCACAUCCAGAGGGUGCAAGCAAAAGUUUCCUUUGUGGUUCUGAACACUUACCAUACCCUUUGGGAAGCACAAAAAACAUUGUUGGGAAGCCGCUGUUACAGAAAGAGGGGAUGAAUCUAACAGCAGUUACUGUGACAGUGGAAAAUGGGCAUACGGUGGCAUUUUUAGGAACUUCGCUUGGUAGAAUUCUUAAGGUGUUCCUGAUGACUCCUGCAAAUGAAUAUAGCUCUGUUCCCAUUGAAAUAGACAAACCUGUAAAGAAUGACCUUGUCCUUGAUGCUACCCAAGAGAACCUGUACGUGAUGACCACAACCAAGGUGUUUCGUCUUCCUGUCCAGGAAUGUGCUAGUUACUCAAACUGUGCGCUGUGUACUCAAGCACAGGAUCCUUACUGCGGCUGGUGUGUAAUAGAGGGGAAAUGCACAAGGAAGAUAGACUGUGAAAGAGCUAAUAUGCCGAACCAUUGGCUGUGGAGUCCAGAUGGUGUAUGCAUGGCUAUUACUAGUGCGCAUCCUCAAAAUAUGAGUCGCAAAGCCCCUGUCAAGGUAGAACUGACUGUAAGUCCGUUGCCAGAGUUAACUGAAAGUGACAAGCUUUGGUGUCAGUUUGGUGAAACAACCAAUAUUGCAGAGUUGAGAGAUGGGACUAUUAUUUGUGAUCCUCCCACUACAAUUCCUCACACUCCAAAAGGUCAAGAUCAUGUUUCAGUUUCACUAAUAUUAACCUUUGGAGAGGAAAAGACGAUGUUUUUUGCAUCGGCUACAUAUCCUUUCUAUGACUGUGAAGAAGCAAUGAAUCUUUCUGAAAAUCUGCCAUGCUAUUCCUGUGCAAGCAGUAAAUGGAAUUGCCAGUGGGACUGGAAGAAACAUAUCUGUGAAGACUCGUCUUUGGAAGAGGAUGUGAUUAAACAAAAUAUGGAGGAAGAUUGCCCACAGUUUCUAAAUCCCAACCCUCCAAUAAUACCAAUGGAGUUCCCAACAAUAGUUCAUUUUGAAGGAAAGAAUCUAGACAAUUAUCAGGGUAGCUCUUUUAAGAUUGGAAAUGACCAGUUUGAAUUUGAGGCUCUUGUUGACAAAUCAGAUGGAACUUUCUCAUUCCAAAGCAAAGAGUUUUCCUAUGGCGCAAAUGAAACUCUACCACUUAAUCUGUUCAUUAAAACAGAUAAGGUCAAGAUUGACAGUAAACUCAUGGUGACUUUAUACAACUGCUCUUAUGGCCGAAGUGACUGCAGCUUGUGUCUUGCGGCUGAUCCGGUCUACAAAUGCGUCUGGUGUGAAGAAGAAGACAAGCCAAGCAAAUGCAUUUAUGAGAACCUGUGUAAAACUUCUCAUACGAACACAUGCCCUCAUCCAGUCAUUACUCGGAUUGAACCAAAGACUGGGCCACUAAGUGGUGGAAUCCUUUUGACCAUAAUGGGAUCUAAUUUGGGUAUAAAAGCUGAAGAUGUCAAAAAUAUAACCGUGGCAGGCACAGAAUGCCUUUUCAGAGAGGAGUUCUACUCUGUUUCCACCAGAAUUGUGUGUCAAGUUGGAAGCGUCUCAGAACCCAGACAAGGUGAAAUUGAAGUUGAUAUAAAUGGAAAACGAGGUAGCUCAACAAAUGAAAUACAGUUUGAAUACCAACAACCUCAUCCUACAGGAAUAAGUCCAAUCAAAGGCCCCCAAGCUGGUGGGACCAUCCUUACAAUCACUGGGAAAAAUCUGGAAACUGGCUCCCAGAAAGAUGUUAGAGUUUUCGUCGGUGAUGUGCCCUGCAACAUCAUUGAUUUUGGUGAACAAAUAGUUUGCAUCACAGGACAACAUGACAAAGUUGAAGAAGUUCAUGUAACCGUGCAUCACGGAGACACAGAGAACAAAUUAAACAAUCCAUUGUUUGCAUAUAGCGAAAAUCCUACUGUCACUAAAAUCUUUCCAAAAAAUAGCUUCAGCAGUGGAGGGAGAAAUAUUACUGUAACAGGAGCUAGGUUUGAUAUCAUCCAGAGUUUCUCCAUAGUUGUAACUGCUGACCUUAAUGGGUCUUCCAGAAGGAAGAAGAGGCAAAUACGCAGUCUAGCCUCAAAACAGUUUCUAGGAAAAGAUAUUGCAAAAAUCAAUGGAAGCACAAUAGUCUUUUCUUCUCCACCAAUACUAGAGGAUCCAGAAAACUAUAGGAUUACUACACUUAUUAAAAUGGAUGGUUACAGUUUCGUUUUAAACGCCGACAAUGACCUCUUUAAAUAUGUUGCGGAUCCAACAUUUGAAAACUUCACUGAUGGCAUCAAAAAACAAGUCAACAAACUUAUUCAUGCAAAGGGCAGUAAUCUGAACAAAGCCAUGACGAUAGAGGAGGCUCAAGCUUUUGUAGGGGCAGAACCCUGCAACAUAAAAACACUGACUGAAAAGGAUUUAUAUUGUGAACCACCAGAAGUACAACCUCAGCCAAAGAGAAGGCAGAAGAGGGAUACAAUCAAUAACUUGCCUGAAUUCAUUGUGAAAUUUGGCCUCAGAGAAUGGAUCCUAGGAAGAGUGGAAUAUGACACACGUGUGAGUGACAUACCCCUGGAUGUGAUUUUGCCAUCUGUAAUUUUUCCUAUGGUGGCCAUUAUCAUCAUCUCUAUCUACUGUUACAGACGAAAAAGCCAACAAGCAGAACGUGAAUAUGAAAAAAUCAAGUCACAGCUUGAAGGUUUGGAAGAAAGUGUCAGAGAUAGGUGCAAAAAGGAAUUCACAGAUCUAAUGAUAGAGAUGGAAGAUCAGACCAAUGAUGUCAGUGAAGCAGGAAUUCCUGUGCUGGACUAUAAAAUGUACACAGACAGAGUCUUCUUCUUGCCCUCAAAAGAUGGAGAGAAAGAUGUAAUGAUUACUGGGAAAUUGGAUAUUCCAGAGGCUAGAAAGCAAACUGUGGAGCAGGCUUUAAAUCAGUUCUCCAAUCUACUGAAUAGCAAAUCAUUUCUCAUCAAUUUUAUUCAUACAUUGGAGAAGCAGAGGGAGUUCUCUGCCCGAGAAAAAGUUUAUUUUGCAUCCCUAUUGACUGUUGCUUUACAUGGAAAGCUAGAAUACUAUACUGACAUCAUGAGGACAUUGUUCUUAGAGCUGAUGGAGCAGUAUGUUGUGGCCAAAAACCCAAAGCUGAUGCUCAGAAGAUCAGAAACUGUUGUGGAGAGGAUGUUGUCUAAUUGGAUGGCUAUUUGUUUAUAUCAAUAUCUGAAGGACAAUGCUGGAGAGCCUCUUUAUAAAUUGUUCAAGGCUAUCAAACAUCAGGUGGAAAAAGGCCCAGUGGAUGCUGUGCUGAUGAAAGCCAAAUAUACAUUGAAUGACACAGGGUUACUGGGAGAUGAUGUAGAGUAUACACAGCUGACAGUAAAUGUGUAUGUACAAGAUGGAGGUACUGAUUCUGUACCUGUGAAAGUGCUGAACUGUGAUACUAUUUCUCAAGUAAAGGAAAAGAUAAUAGACCAAGUCUACCGAAAUCUGCCUUGUUCACAAUGGCCAAAAGCUGACAGUGUUGUUCUUGAGUGGCGUCCAGGUUCUACUGCCCAGAUCCUCUCAGAUUUGGAUUUAACAUCCCAAAGAGAUGGCAGGUGGAAACGUAUGAAUACUCUGAUGCAUUAUAACGUCCGAGAUGGUGCCACACUUAUCUUGUCAAAAAUAGGAAUUUCCCAGCAGCCAGAGGAUAAUCAGCAAGAUGUCCCAGGGGAAAGGCAUGCGCUAUUGGAAGAUGAAAAUAAGAUCUGGCAUCUAGUUCGGCCAGCAGAUGAAGUUGAUGAAGGCAAAUCGAAAAGAGGGAGCAUGAAAGAAAAAGAACGAACCAAAGCUAUUACAGAAAUCUACCUGACAAGGCUUCUGUCUGUGAAGGGUACACUUCAGCAAUUUGUAGAUAACUUUUUUCACAGUGUACUCAACUCAAACCAUGUCGUGCCACCAGCUGUGAAAUACUUCUUUGACUUUCUUGAUGAGCAAGCAGAAAAACAUGAGCUCAAGGAUGAAGAUACCAUUCACAUCUGGAAAACAAAUAGUUUGCCACUUAGAUUCUGGGUAAACAUAUUGAAAAAUCCCCAUUUUAUCUUUGAUGUUCACGUUCAUGAAGUAGUGGAUGCUUCCUUGUCAGUCAUUGCACAGACUUUCAUGGAUGCCUGCACAAGAACAGAGCACAAAUUAAGCAGAGAUUCUCCAAGUAACAAAUUACUUUAUGCAAAAGAGAUCUCUAACUAUAAGAAAAUGGUGGAAGAUUACUACAAAGGUAUUCGUCAGAUGGUGCAAGUGAGCGACCAGGACAUGAAUACUCAUUUAGCAGAGAUUUCCAGGGCGCACACAGAUUCCUUAAAUACACUUGUGGCUCUACACCAGCUCUACCAGUAUACUAACAAAUACUACGAUGAGAUCAUAAAUGCACUUGAAGAGGACCCAGCUGCACAAAAAAUGCAGCUUGCCUUCCGUUUACAGCAGAUAGCAGCUGCAUUAGAGAAUAAAGUGACUGACCUUUGA